CCGAGGUCAAGCUGACACGCGCCACUGCCCGAUCUGUUUUUGCCGCAUCAGCUUGGACUCCUUGCCGCCGCCCUCGCCUUCCUGCCGCCGCUGGGGCCGACUCCUCUCCUCCGUCCGCACGAAACACCGGCCGGCCGAGGCGCCACUCAGUAAGCCGCGAUGGAUGAGGCGGCACUUCUCGCUGGAGCAGGGGCGGCUGCCGCCGCGGCGCCCCCUGCAGCGGCUGCUGGAGCCGCCGUGAUGGGCGUCUUCAAGUACAACUUCGCGGCGCAGUUCCUCUCGAGGGUUAUCCCAUUCGUGUUCAACAUCUGGUUCGUGCGCCAGCUCGGCGCGGACGAUGGCGCGGUGUCGGUGUGGAUCUCUCCUCUGCUUUUUUUCAUUCGUUUACUGCAGUGUAAUGAGGCAUUCGCAUUGCAGCUUCCUCUAUUUAUGAACUGCAUCUUAUUUUUAAGCCGGGAGGGGUUUCGACGUGCAUGUUUGCGUAAUGAUUCCCAGAGUGAUGUGUUGACUGACGAAGCGAUACUAAUGGUGGCUUGGAUGGUAAUUCCAAUGUCCAUCUUAAUUACUUCUAUUGGCAGCAUACUUGUGUUGAGUUUAAAGAAAGUGAAGCUAUCUGACCCCUAUGCGAAAGCUGUAUUGAUCAUCGGAUUUGCUUGUAUUCUGGAGUUAAUGGCAGAACCAUUAUACAUUAUUUCCCAGAAAAAGAAAUACUAUAAUAUAAGAGUGUACGUUGAACCGACAGCUACACUCUUCCGUUGUUUAACAACUUUCAUCCUCAUAAAAGGACGUAUUAAAGUGGACAAGCUGGUUCUAGUUUCUUUGUCCCAGGUUGUCUAUGGGGCCUGCAUUUUCUUUGGGUAUUGGUCAUAUUUUCUUAUGUUUACUGAUACUAAACCCUCACAUCUUUUUCCGUUAAGGUUAUCAAACCUGAUGGACUACGAUAAACAGUUAUUGCACAUGUGCAUGUUGUUUACAGGCCAGGCUUUCAGGAAGUUGAUACUCCAAGAAGGCGAGAAAUUUGUUCUUGUCUCAUUUGAUACUCCAUACAACCAGGCCGCCUAUGGUAUUGUGGAUAAAUUAGGGAGUCUGGUUGUUAGGAUAGUUUUCUUGCCAUUUGAGGAGAGUUCAUAUGCCACCUUUGCCCGAUUGGCAGGAGAGAGUCCCCGAAAUAUAUCCAAUAUUGAAGACUCUUUGCUUGGGGCUCUAAAGCUUAUUAUGCUAAUAGGUUUGGUGAUCAUUUCAUUUGGUCCAAGUUAUUCAUAUACCCUUCUAAAACUACUCUAUGGGGAAAGACACAGUGAUGGAGAGGCUCCAGUUAUUCUUCGUUACUAUUGUUUAUAUAUCAUCAGUUUAGCGAUGAAUGGCACUUCUGAAGCUUUUCUUCAUGCUGUUGCAAAUGAAAACCAGCUUAAGCGGUCAAAUGAUAUGUUGCUUCUGUUCUCGGUGAUUUACAUCAUUCUAAAUGUUGUUCUUAUUAAAUCUUCUGGAGCUGUUGGAUUAAUUGCAGCUAAUUCCAUUAAUAUGCUGCUACGAAUAACGUAUUCUGCAACAUUUAUAAAAGAUUACUUCAAGGGCUCAUUCUCUUUCUGGCGCUGUGUGCCAGCAGGCUGGGGCAUUUUACUCAUUUCUGGUCUGACCACUGUUUUCUCCGAGAGGGUUUUCUUGAACAGAAAGAGGUUCAAGCAAACUGUUCCCAUUCACAUAGCGGUUGGCAUCAUGUGCCUGAGCAUCGCAUCAUUCGAGAUUUACCGUGGUGAAAAGCAGUUCCUGAGGCAGAUAAUCAGAACUUUGAAGCAUCGUGACAAAGCUCAGUGAUUUGAAGAGACAGUGCAUUUCAUAGCAUAUUCUGGCUUGAACACCUGAUGAAAGAGAACUGGUAGUAUAGUGGGUGACUAAUAGUGUGUAUACAGGAGAUCGGUAGUUAAAAAAAAGAGGAGGAUUUAUAAACCAGUCAGAUAGAUAAAUUGGUUGCUUAUGGGAAUCGCUGAUUUUUCUUAUUGACUGAAACUUUAUAUUACAGAUCAAUUGAGUUAGUGAUUAGUGAUUCUAUAUUUUAUAAUUAAAGAAGAAGUUUAGGUUCA